AUGGGAUUUAUAUACGGCAGUCACUGCCUUAGCUGCAACUACAUUGGGGAGGAAGGGGGAGUUGUCAAAGACAAAUGCCCAGUGCACACACCAGAUGAUGUAAACCAUGAUAGAGGCAAUCGCAAUCUGAAGAGAGGAGGAUACGGAGGGAGAAAACCAAGUAUGAGUGAGAAGCCAGGCAACAUCAGAAAUGAACCAGGAUGGACACAUUUGCCACAGCACCAAUGUCCACACAGAAAACUUGCAGGGGCAGGAGAAGAUGAAAUGUUGGAGCAUCCACCACAGAGAGACAGAGGGGACAGUUCAGACUAG